AUGAUCAAGGGCUUGCCGCUCACCUACAACAAGGACCUGCAGGAGGACAAGCAGGCGCUCGGCGCAGCCUCGACGCCGCGCAGCCAGUGCACUGCGCUCUUCGAUUCGCUCGACACGGUGCAAGCCGCCCUCAAGAUCACCUCCGGCGUGCUAGCGACGCUGCAGCCAGCGGCGGCGCGCAUGCGCGGCGCGCAACAGCUUCCUCUCCCGCUCCUGCCAGCCGUGAGGGGCGCGCUCAACUCGUUCAUGCUCGCCACCGACCUCUCCGAGUACCUCGUGCGCAAGGGCGUGCCCUUCCGCGAGACGCACCACGUCGCCGGCCGGGCGGUGCAGCCCGCCGAGAGGAGCUGCAAAGGCAGGAGAGUGGCCGCGGUACAUGAGACGCAGCACGGUGCACACCAGGUGCAGCUCGCCGAGGAGAGGAGCUGCGCGUUGACCGAGCUCUCGGUCGCCGACCUGCAGUCCCUCCACCCGCUCUUUGGCGACGACGCGGGAGGCGCCUUCGGCUUCUUCCUCGCCUGCGGCACAGCCAGCCGCCGCGAGCAGGUCGAGGCCGCGAGCAGCGCCUCUUCACAGCUGCAGCUGUGA